AUGUUUUCGUCAUAUGUUCUGAUUUUGUUUAUAUUGAUAAGUUCUGUUGUUGAAUACAAAAUUGAUGCCGAUGGUAGAUUUCUUUACUUCUUCAUGACAUUAUCUGCUUUCAUUUUUUGUUGGCAACAUUGUCGUCCAAUCAUUUCUAUUGAUGGGACAAGUCUAAAGAAUAAGCACGGUGGUACUUUGUUAUCGACUUCAACACCUGAUGCCAAUGAUCAGAUUUUUCCACUGGCCUUUUGUGUUGUGGAUUCUAAGAAUGAUUCCUCAUGGACCUGGUUUUGCAACCAAUUGAAGAGAAUUAUAGGUGGCCAGAACGAGGUUGUCAUAGUAUCUGAUAUGCAUAAAAGUAUAUGCAAAGCCAUAGAGGUAGUAUUUUCCAACGUUUUACAUUACAUGUGUCUUGUUCAUUUACUUAGGAACUUAAAGUUGAAGUAUAAGAGAAUAGUCAAUACAGUAUUUCAUGCAUGUGGGAAGGCAUUUAAUAUUGUAAACUUUGAACAUGAAAUACGUUUGUUGGAAUCUUCUGCCCCUGGUAUAUGGGAGGAGCUUGAAUCUAUUGGUUUUGCUAAGUGGUCUCAUGCUUACUCACUACAUAGGAGAUAUAAUGUCAUGACCACUAAUAUACCUGAGAGUUUGAAUUCUGCUAUUUUGAAGGCUAGGGAGUUAUCAAUAUGUACAAUGCUUGAGGUUUUGCGAAUGAUGUUGCAAAGAUGGUUUUUUGAACAAAGAAAUGAAGUUGAUUAUUAA